GUUCUGCACACCACUGUUGUAAUAUGCCGUUAUUUGCCUGUUUGUGGCUCGUCUGGUAACUUGCACUAUUCUUGUCAUUCUCCUUCAACCUGUCAUCAACGAGCUGUUUUCGCCCACAGGACUUUCGCUGACUGGACAUUUUUUGUUUGUCACACCACUGAGUUUGGGAAACCCUGACAUAGAUUACCUCUCCUUUUCUGAGUCUCAGUCCUCUCCUGCUCCCCUUCUCUCCCCCACAGUGAGGAUGUUAAGAUGCCCAUCCAAGGCCUACUCCCUACCCUGGUCUAUCUCACCAUCUGGACCCUGUGGAGCCUGCUAAUACCUGCCCUCUGCCACCCUCACCACAGCCUCUGCAGACUGACCCAAAAGAUUGCUCUCUGUAGUGAUAGUGAGAUCUCAUCUGUGCCGAGGGACCUACCAGACAACAUAGAGGAACUCCACCUGACCCAUAACCACAUUCAGAUGUUACAAGAUGACUCCCUCUCCCGCUACAUCUCCCUUCGCACUCUAAGCUGUGCAGAAAACCGCUUGGAGACAGUGGGGUCAAAAUUCUUUCACAACUCACCUCAUCUAGAGAGCCUCAAUCUAGCUGCCAAUCAACUUCACGUUGGAUACCAGGAAACUAGCAGGGCACUGCUCACCCUGUCUAGACUCAAAGUUCUGGAUCUGUCAGAAAACCAGCUUACAAACGACAUAGCUUCGGUCCUCCUCCAGAAUAUGACGUCCCUGGAGUACCUCAACCUUUCCAGGAACCUCCUGCUGAGGCUGGAUGAAAGCUCCUUCAGCGACCUCCACCAGCUCAGAGAGCUGGACCUGCAGAGGAACAUGCUGUUUGAGAUCGUUGAUGCCUUCGACCACCUGCACAAGCUGCAGAGACUAAACCUGGCCUUCAACCACCUGGCCUGCCUGAUGGACUUCGAAAUGACCCAGCUCGUGGUGCUCAACGCAAGUCACAACAACAUUGAGUGGUUCAUAGCCAACCAGGACCUCCAGGAAACUUUCCAUCUGGAGACCCUGGAUCUCACCAACAACAACCUCCUUUUCUUCCCCUUCCUGCCCAUCCAGAGCCACCUGAGGAACCUCCAUCUCUCCCAGAACAGGUUGAGCUUCUAUGAACACCUGGCAGACACCGCUGGCUACCCAAACUGGACCAACAGUGUCCAGUUCUUCAACCUGAGGGGCAACGUGACCAAUGUCACAGCCCAGCUGUGGGACGAGAGCCUGCACGGUGACAUCUCCUCUCUGGACCUGCUGGAUCUGAGUGGAAAUCAGGUGGGCUACUUCCCCCAAGGGUUUAUCAGCAAAAUGCCUAGCCUGGCAAGGCUCAGGAUGCAGACAAACUGUCUCGAGGUUUUAAAUCUAACACUGGAAAAACUUCCAGGGACGUUGUACGAGUUGGAUGUGAGCAACAAUAGAUUGACGGAGCUCCAUGCUGACCAAGGUAGUUUAAGUGAGUUAGGAAAACUGAGCUAUCUCAACCUGAGCCAGAAUGACCUGCAGAGUCUACCUCCUAGACUGUUCUCCUCUCUUACCAGCAUCAGCUCUGUGGAUAUCAGCUUUAACAGAGUUGGCAUAUGCUCCCUUGAGGAAGGGGGUGGGAACAGGGGUGGCUGUGUUGUUUGGAGAAACAUCAGCUCUCUGAGACAGCUCCACCUAUCAGGGUGCAACCUGGGGAGACUGCCACCGUUAGCGUUCACAGGGACACCUCUAACACACCUGGAGCUGUCUAACAACCCAGAACUCAACAUUGAGCCCAUAUCGAUAGUAGGCCUCAGCAGAACUUUACACCAUCUAGGAUUGGGAAACACAGGCCUGAGAGACUUUGACUUCUCUCCUUUCCACCACUUAAAGUCUUUGAACAUUUCCAGAAACUCUCUUACUCAGCUCCCUGCUUCACUGCAACACCUUGAGCUGAGGCUGCUGGACCUGAGGGACAACAAACUGAACACUGUCCCCUCAGAUCAGGCUAACACAUUAGCCUUGAAACUACAGACUGUUUUUCUUAAUGGAAACACUUUCAACUGCUGCCAGUUGGACUGGUACAGGACGUUUGAGAGGGCGAAAACGGUCAAUAUCAUCGACCUCUCAGACAUUUCAUGUCAGGAUAUGACAAAAAAUACACACAAAGUGGUGUUUUUAAACCCUUUAAUAUGUGGUGGGAGUGAGGAGGAGUCUGUGUACUGGUACAUCCUGUUGUUUAUCGUACCUGUCCUCUGCCUGGUUGGGAUUUCUGUCAUCUUCCUGCUCACCUUCAGGCCCAGACUGCUUCCCAAGGCCAUUAAAAAUAAAUGCCGGAGGCCCACGUCAUACUGACAUUUCAGUCACCUUCCUUGUGUUGUGGAUGAAAGGUCAAAUGAUUAAGACAAUAUGGUACAUUCUGUCCAAGUGUGAUGUUUUGCACAUGGGUCGUUCCAUGUCAUUUCAGCAAGUCAUGACAUCCACCAUCUCAGAUUGUUCUGAAAU